AUGGCCACAAUGCGAGGCAAGUCCAUGCCGACCACGAGGGGUCAUGGUGAAAAUGGCAACCACCUCCAGCAGCGACCUUCUUUCGAUUACAAGCCAACAAUUUUACGAACACUGUCACUAGCCUCUAUCUUCAUCCUUACAACUGUUUUGAUAGGCAUAAUCGAACUUGCUGUGGUUAAGCUACCGCAUGGGAACCAUAGUAUAUUUGCGCGAGGCACGUCGCCCUCGAAAAGAUCAGAUCUCUUCGGUCUUGCCGUUCGUGAAGCUGCUAUAGAGUCGAACUCCUCAUCAAUCAUUACGUCUAACAGCGCCUCGGGCGCGUCAUUUGCGUCUACUACCACCGAUGUCGACACUGGAUCUUCUACUUCAACGACGAUCGACGUUGGCAAAGCCCCUACCAGCAACUACGUGGCAACGGAGACCACACAAACUGUAUCCCUGUCAUCCACAACCCAAGAAGCAGUUACUAGUGUGGUGAAAACGAGCAACUAUGUCGCAACCGCAACAACUCAGACCAUAUCCCAAAAUGGUGGGAAUAACAACGAUGCGGUUGGAGCAACCACGAGUAGCUUGCUCAUAGCAUCCAGUGUUGAGAAGAGCAAUUACGUCUCAACAGAUGCGACACAGACUGUAACAACUUCAACGGCUGCCCCAACGAUGGCGUAUUCCACCGGAUCAGGGCAAUACGUGGCAGGCGCAACCACCCAGACUGUGUCACAAACGAACCAACAAGGUUACACACGCACACCUUCUCCGACAGCACAAACGCUUACUACGAUCUCGAGUGCAACGGUUUUAACCGUACCAGUCUCCAGAGCAUCUGCAACAGUCGUCAGCUCUUAUACUACCACGGACAGUAACGGAAAUACGGUGAGCACUGAGGCUACAUCAUUCUACCCUGCCAGUCGCUACACCCUGAUCACUUCGUCCGUGCCUGUCGUGCAAGCCAUUGUCCCCGGACAAACAAUUCUCACAAGCAUCUCAGGCGGCUCAACCUCUGUUAUUGUGACGGGCGCUUCCACUUACAGCAGUGUAUACGGUGCUUCAACCUCUUUGCUGAUCUCUGGUAAUUACACUUCCACCCGUGUAUUUGGUGGGUCGACCUCUGUAUUUACGUCCGGGGGCACCACACAAACUACCAUACUUGGCGGACAUACUGUACUUUCUACUCAGCUUCCUCAGGCCACCGGUGACGCCGACAAAGACGCUCAGUCCGACAGCAACUACAGCAAAGGCUACUUCACUAUCCCUCACCACUGGAACCCUGUUCAAGUGUUCCUUGGAACAUAUCUGGCCGUCAUCAUUGCUGUGGGAUAUCGCAUGAUCUGGACAGUCAUAUACAACAACUUCUCACUUAUCGAACCCUUUCGGCAAUUGAACGAGCCCAAUGGGGCGCUUGCUGAGCGAGCACUAUUCCGUUUCUACCAUUCACAGUCGAGCCUUCUGGAGCCUUCAGCAGCAUUACUCAAGGGCAGAUGGACAAUGGCGUUGGCUGCAGUGACGUAUUUGCUGGCAUCGCUACUGCCAGCUCUUGGCUCCGAAGCGAUCUAUGUCGACACGAAUUGGGGGUGCCAGUAUCCAACCGCAGGCAUGAACCCUUGUAGCGCGAGGAUGACUGGCAACGUUGCUGUCUUGCGAGCCCUGCAAGGCUUGUUGGCUUUUGCUGCUCUGGCACUUCUUCUGAUCAUGGUGGCAUUGCUUCGAUCAAAGACCGGCCUGCCGGCGAACCCAAGCUCGAUAGCUACUGUGGGCACACUCUCGCGAAACCCUGACUUUGUGGACGAUAUCACCACGUUACCUUGCAGUGCCAGUACACGCGACAUGAGAGAGUCGCUGCAAGGCCGAAGAUACAAGCUCGACUUCUACAAGUCGGGUCCUGGGGAGCUAGCAUAUGGCAUAGUACCCAUGGCGGUGUCUGGAGGAGACGAUGUUUACGCAGCGGGCGAGCACACCUACAAGCCUGUAAGCGCUUCAAGCAAGUCGCAUCGAUACCGCAUAUUAGACUUCGUGUUGCUCCUAGUGACGCUUGGCACCCUCGCCAUGGUGCUUGCGUACUACGUCGAUGCAGCGGACGAUCCCUUCAACAGAUUCUUCAGCAGCAAUGGCUUUGGUCCUCGCUUCAUACUCACAGGCGCAGUUACGGUCUUGGCCGCAAUCUGGAAAUCUGUUGAGCAGAGUGAGGUCAUCAUGUCGCCCUACACACGCAUGGCACAGCACUCUUCGGGUCCAAGGAGCACCGUCUUGUUCACACCCCACGACACGCCAAUUCUGUCGACCAUUUCGGCAAUCUUUAACCGAUACUACUUCGUCGCUGUAGUCACCUGCAUUACUCUGCUCGGCGAGGCACUCAAUAUUGUGAUAGGCGGUGUCCCAUAUGCCACAGGUCAGACCUGGCCACAAUUCCUCGCGUCGGCCUACAUUUCUAUCGGCGUCCUAGCUCUCAUGACCAUUGUCAGUAUCAUGGUGAUCUUGAAUCGGCGUAGGGAGCCAAAGAUACCAAGGCAUCCUGACACUGUGGGCGCUGUUGUCAGCUAUCUGGCAGGUAGUAGAUUUGUGGACGACUUCGAUGGCUUAGAGUGGCAAGAUGAGGAUACGCGAGACAGGCGGAUACGACUUCUUGCCAAACGAUACGUGUUCGACGAUAGACCCGGAUCCGAUGGAAGAAGAGCCUGGCUGGUCGAUGAAGUGUAUGAAUAG